GGAUUCUGCAGACAUACCUCAGGAGUAGACUUCUGUUUACUACUUUGACAGAGUAGAGGAGGCAUCUCCCUAGGUCUAGGCUUUGCAUCAUCUGCCCUUGAAGAGCUCAAGGGCCACAGAUUUACAACUUGACAUAGUUUGAAAACAUCACCAGAACCACCAGCAAUGGGAAACACCAAGAGCGGCGCAGUGUCCAAGGAGAUCUUGGAGGAUUUGAAACUCAACACCAAGUUCUCAGAGACUGAGAUCGUCCAGUGGUACGAAAACUUCAAGAAGCAGUGUCCAACAGGGCGUAUCACGAAAGAGGAGUUUCAGGCUAUCUACAGCAAGUUCUUCCCAGACAGUGAUGCCCAAACAUACGCCCAGCACGUCUUCCGCUCUUUCGACACAAACGACGACGGAACACUGGACUUCAAGGAGUACAUCAUUGCUCUCCACAUGACAUCAACAGGGAAGACUACCAGGAAACUCGAGUGGGCAUUCUCGCUCUUUGAUGUGGACAAGAACGGAUACAUUACCAAAUCAGAGGUCAAGGAAAUCUGCACGGCGAUUUUCAAGCUGAUUCCCAAAGAUGAAGUGGCUCAACUGCCUGAAAGUGAAAACACAGCUGAGAAAAGGGCAGAUAAACUCUGGAAGUACUUUGACAAGGGCGAGAAUGACCGAGUGGCAGAAGGAGAGUUUAUCCAGGGAGUGCUAGACAACGAGGACGCUCUUCGUUUGAUUCAGUAUCAGCCUUCGAAGUAACUCCUCCACAGAUUGUUUCCAUCUCUCGCUCCAGUCCUGUCUUUUCAAUUUAAACCCUUCACUCUGCUGAUCCAGUGACACCUGAUGGCACCUUCGCAAAAUGUGAACACAAAGCAGGUGUGACGAUCAAGCCCCAUCGCUCAAAAUCAAGUAAUGACACAGAAUCACUUCCAGAGUUUUUAUAAUACUUAUCAAGGAUAUACAUGUGCUCUCUGAAAAGUUUUCUUUACCAUACAGGCCAUAAAAUAAGAGUCAAAAACCU